GACGUAAACAGAGCAGCAGAGGAGAGCGAACCGUCCACCGGUGCGGCUGUGAAUUCAGCUCCCAGCUUCGUGUUUUUGCGACUAACUAGCCUUUUAGGCUAUAGAAUUAUUUCUUUCCAACUUCAGCUACAGUGAUAGCUAAGUUUGGAAAGGAGAAAAGGGGAGAAACGCCGUGUCUUCUUUUUGUUGUGUUUGAGUCGCUGUGGUACCCGGGGCUGACCUCCUUUAGCCUAUUUUACAAAAGACAAAAAAAAAAACAAAACAAAAAAACCCGACAUUCUCUUGGUUAUUUUUGCCAUUUGCACAGUUUUAAAAUGGAUAAUUCCGGACCUAAGAAGACAUGCUGCGAAUCUAUCCGAGAUUUCUUCACCUCAGCCAAAUUCCUUAUUUACAUGGGACAUGCUCUGUCAACAUGGGGUGACCGAAUGUGGAACUUUGCCGUUGCUGUUUUCCUGGUAGAGCUGUAUGGGAACAGCCUGCUGCUCACAGCCGUGUACGGGCUGGUGGUGGCCGGCUCCGUGCUGCUGCUUGGGGCCAUCAUUGGGGAUUGGGUGGACAGAAACCCCAGACUCAAAGUGGCCCAGACUUCGUUGCUCGUCCAGAACAGUUGCGUCAUCGUGUGCGGGAUCCUCCUGAUGGUUGUUUUCCAGUUCAAAGAACAGCUUGUGGAGCUCUACAAUGGAUGGAUUCUGACCACUUGCUACAUUCUGGUCAUCAGCAUCGCCAACAUCGCCAACCUUGCCAGCACGGCGACAUCCAUCACCAUCCAGAGGGACUGGGUUGUGGUUGUGGCAGGUCAGGACAGCAGCAAGUUGGCAGACAUGAAUGCCACAGUGCGGAUUAUUGACCAGCUGACCAACAUCCUAGCUCCCAUGCUGGUGGGCCAGAUAAUGGCCUUUGGCUCCCAUUUCAUUGGCUGCGGCUUCAUCUCUGGCUGGAACUUGUGCUCCAUGUGUCUGGAGUACGCACUGCUGUGGAAGGUCUAUCAGAAGACGCCAGCAUUGGCCACAAAAGCCGGACAAAAGGAGCAGCAGCAGGAGCUCAAACAGCUCAGUCCCCCAAAAGACUUGGAGAAUGGCCAGAGUCCUGAGGAGUCUUCUCAGCCACUGAUGAAUGAAACCUCAGUUGUGGCCAAGCCUGACUCUCCCAAGCAGCAUGGCUGUUGCUACCAAGUGACUGAACCUCUGCGCACCUUGAAGGCUGGCUGGGUUGCGUACUACAACCAGAACAUCUUCUUCGCCGGCAUGUCUCUGGCUUUCCUCUACAUGACAGUGCUGGGCUUCGACUGCAUCACCACAGGCUAUGCCUAUACACAGGGCCUCAAUGGCUCAGUGCUCAGCCUGCUGAUGGGGGCUUCAGCCGUGUCGGGCAUCUGCGGCACCGUUGCCUUCACUUGGGUUCGCAAGAAGUGCGGCUUGAUCCGCACAGGUUUCAUCUCGGGCGUGGCUCAGCUGUCCUGCCUCAUGCUGUGCGUAGUCUCCGUCUUCACUCCUGGGAGCCCCUUUGACCUCAGCGUCUCACCCUUCCAGGACCUUUACACUCACUUGAUUGGAGAGAGUACCCUGCCCGAGGCCGACCACAGCCUCACCAGCAUUCUCACCGGUGGGAACACCACUACUGUUGCACCGGCUGAAGAGCAACCACCUCUGCAGUCCUACAUGUCUGUUAGUCUGCUGUUUGCCGGCGUCAUUGCUGCUAGAGUUGGUCUGUGGUCUUUUGACCUGACAGUGACCCAGCUCAUCCAGGAGAAUGUGAUCGAAUCUGAGCGAGGUGUGAUCAACGGUGUCCAGAACUCCAUGAAUUACCUCUUAGACCUGCUGCACUUCAUCAUGGUGAUUCUGGCUCCAAACCCGGAGGCCUUCGGCCUGCUGGUCAUCAUCUCUGUCUCCUUUGUGGCCAUGGGUCACAUCAUGUACUUUAGGUUUGCCUUCAAGAGCCUGGGUAGCCGCCUCUUCCUCUGCUGCUCGCCGGAGCAGAAGGUGGAGACGGUAGACAGCCCCUCACUUCCUACCACCGUCUAACUCCAUUAAAGAGACUCUGUCCUGGGUACAUAUUUCUCAAGCCUUACCCUAACCCUGUAUCUCUUUUAUCUAACUAACAUCAUGGCUUUUUGCUGAAAAAAUGCUACUGCUAACAUAGAAAGGUAACUUAACAUGCUAUGCAUAGCCAUUAAUAAAGCAUUUAUCAUUGGCAGAGGGAGGUGAGUAGAAAGCUUACAGUCAUAGAAAACUAAUCCAAAGUAAAAUCUUAGACAAGGCUGGGUUUCUCUAACUUUUUAACUCCAGGAGUCAAAUGGGAGCCUCAGCUUUUCAUCUAUGUGCCCAUGCUCCUGAACACAUACACGUACUGUCAAACAAGGAUCCAUCACUUGUAGGCUCGUGAGCCCAUUUUGGGUCUUGUUAAAGAAACCAGGGGAUAAAGCACUGUAAAAUAUACUCCUCCUAACAGCCUGGAUCUAGCUGUAAAGAUUUGUAAAAGGUGCUUCAGCUAACAAAAGGGCAAAACCAGGGAGAAACGUUGCAGGGAAGCAGGCACUGAGGCUUGAAUUAAGGGGAGCAACUGUCUGAUAUCCUUAAAGACAGAGCAUCCCUACGUUUUCAACACUUGCCUUUCAGUGAUGUCACUGGUGCUGUAGCUGUGUUUGAUAGCUGUUCUCUGAUAGCCUCCUCUUGGUUGUGUCAGCUUACAUAUACAUGUAUGAUGAGCAGGUUGUGGAUGUCUUCUUCUGGAAGAAGAUGAACUUUAUGAAUCCCAAAGGGGAAAACUUUACAUCUGAUCAAACACAAAACUGGGAUCUAGUCUCUUUAAUGCGUGCUGAUAAUGGUUAUUCAAUUAACUGUAUUUAUUCAGGAAAUAGAGACGGUGGUUUUUAUAAUAACUGUAUCAUCAGUAUUGUGUUGUGCGCUCAUGAUUGUGCCAUAAGGUACAAAUGAGAAAUUCUAUGCACCCUUGUCAACAGUUAUCUCAGUUACCAAAGUCAGAGUCCAUAUGCGGCAUAAAAGGAAGUGAGGGAAUCCAAUCCUGUUCUGAAGCAUUCCAAAUAUAUAUUUUUGCAUCAGGUGACAGCAGUGUAGGUUCACUAAUGCUUUCAUAUAACCCUAGAAUAUCUGAAUAUUUCUAACCCACUCUGAGAUUGUACUUUAAUUUUGUUUUUCUGGUAAUAGAUAGAUUAAUUUUGUCACCUUUUAAUUUUUUAUGUUUUGAGUUCUCUUGAGUGAUUUUUCAAUCAUGAUUGUUGUUACACAGGCACUUUAAGUGAUCAACAUCUGUCAUUACAUCCGAUGCAUGAUCAGGUAUUUGAUCAAUAUUUUUGCACAAGGCUUAAGUCCCGACUCCCCCCAAAACACCCCUGCACAAUUUUAUUUCAAUCACUUAUAGCCUCUCAGUCAGUGUGUUCAGGCGCUGUGGGAGGAUUGUGGUUCAAAAAGGCACAUGUUGCAACUCUCUGCACCACAUGUUCAUGAGGAAAUCCUGCAAUAGCCCUUGUGGAAAAGUCUGAAUACACCCCAAGUUUACCUCGAGGGAGUUUGGUCAGCGUUCCUCGAUCUGAUCUCAGUUUACCGCUUCAGACUGCCAACAAACCCAGGACCUGGACUCAGUCAGGAUUUUUUCUCGUACUGCUCUAAGCUUCAACAGAGGAGGAAACAUUUAACUCAAGUCAAAGUUUCGUCUUCUGUCUUAUGUUGACAUCUUUGACUUUACAGGACUAGUGUAGAAAAAUAUUACCUUACAAAAAUAAGUAGCAUUUUUGCAUGUCAUUUUCUGUAAAGUGAUCAAUUGAUCAGACAUUGUCAACAGUUAAAAAUCACAGGCAUUGGAAGUAGCUUUGCUUUAAACAUCCCAAACAAAGUAACUAUAAUGUAGCUGUAACUACUUCCCUUCUAUCUUCAGUAAUUUCUGAUGCCUUACUAUAAACUAGUCUUGACCGCUGUUAAACGCACACAUGUGGCUACAUCAAGAAUUAGUAGCCACACCUCACCUAUGAAAAAACCAGCCUGUGUUGCCAAAAUCUAGGUAAUAGUGGAUGGAAAUAUUUUGGUUGGAAACAGAGGUAGCCACAGCAGAUGUAGGAGAACAGAAGGCUACUUUUCAGCAGUGCAUUCCCAUGAACCCUGGUAGAACAAGUGGUGCUGAGUCAGGAUGUCUGCAGGUGUGCCAUGAGGUGCAGACACAUUGAGAAUGGAGCUUAAUAUUUAUCCACCCGGGUUUAAUUCAACCUCAAACUCAGUCUGGGCAUGAGAACAAAACCUGCUCUUACAACGGUCGGUCUGCCCAUUCAGGAAUAUCACAUAUAAACACAUAAACCUUAUAUUUUUAAUGUAAAUAAGUGGUUAUUCAGUUUAAACUUACAUAAAUAUACAAUUGCAAAAUGUAAAAAAAAAAUAUAUUGUGUAUACUGUGUCAUGCUGUUUGUCUGAAAACUUUUUUUUUUUUUUUUUUACGUUUUAUAUACCUAGUGUUUGCAUUUGUCAAAUUGAGGUUUCUUAAAGAUUUUGGAAAUUUGUGUAUAAAGCAAUUACUAUAUUUCAUUUCAGUACAUCUGUAUCAUACUGCUUCAAUCUGACAAUAUAUAUCUCUGUGUAUAUAUUUACAUAUAUAUAUAUACAUAUAUAACAGUGUUAUAGUUCAAUAGGCAAAAACAUUAAAUCAUAAAAGAAUCAAAUUCAUUUUAUGUAAUAAUAGCACUCCACUUGAGGACAUCGGUACUGCUUGUAUUGCAUGAGGUCUCUUGAAUAAAGAAAACCUUUACAAUCA